AUGGAGUCAUGGACUGAUGUGAAUGUUGAGUGGAAUGAUGUACCAGAGUUCGACCCGUGGACUCCCGAUUCUCCUGAUUUUGACUCUGAUGGUGAAGAUCGAAGAGAGCGUAACGACUACAACAUUGAGAAAGAAGCCAUGGACUUUGUUGAUGAACAUCCAGUGAAGCAUAACUUGUAUCCAGACAUUGAAGAUAAUGAAGAUGAAGAGGGAAAAGAAAUUCAAAGGACUAUCUACAGGCGCAAUAAUAUUAGGAGAGGCAACGGGGAGUUGUAUGUUAGGCAAGUGUUCAUCAGUGGAUUUGCGUUUAAGGAAACAGUGCUCGACUAUGCUCUGAAAACAGGUCUGAACAUCAAACAGAAUCGAUAUGACAAGACAAAGAUUGCAUUUGUAUGUGUAGGCAAAGGUUGCUCUUGGCGCAUUUUCUGCUCUUCCUCAGAAAAGUCUCCCAACAAGUGGCAGGUGAAGAUAUUGAAAAAGGAUCAUACCUGUGUUCCUACGGGUACUUGCGAGAUGCUUAAAGUUCCACAAUUAGCUCGCUUGUUUGUUGACAAGAUCAGAGAAGAACCAGAGUAUUUCAUGCCCAUGAAGAUUGAGCAGCUAGUCAUGGAGAAAUGGAAGAUCAGUGUUAGUAGGCCGCAAUGCCAACAUGCUAGGAACAAGGCCCUUAGAUGGAUUGAAAGAGAGUAUGAUGAGCAGUUUGGAUGGCUGAGGGAUUACUGCUCUGAGAUAAGAAGCUCCAAUGCUAAUUCUUCUGUUGAGCUUGAUUGCCUAAAAAAUGAUGAUGGGAUACACGUUUUCAACAGAUUUUAUGUCUGUUUUGACGUUCUGAGGAGAAACUGGAAGGAAACGUGCAGGCCACUAAUUGGAGUAGAUGGUUGUUUCUUGAAGUCUAGGAUGAAAGGGCAGCUUCUAGUGGCUUUGGGUCGUGAUGGGGAUAAGGCCAUUUACCUUAUCGCAUGGACUGUGGUACAAGUAGAGAACAAAGUCAAUUGGUUGUGGUUUGUGGAAAAGAUCAAGGUUGAUCUAGGACUAGACGAAGGAGAUGGUUAUGUUAUGGUUUCAGAUCGUCAAAAGGGAUUGAUUGCAGCUGUGAAGAGGGCACUACCCUACAAUGACGCUGAUUACAAAGCAAAUCUCUUAGAGAUUGAGCGGUAUGAUCAAAAUGUUUAUGAUGACGUUAUGAAAACAAAGCCAGAGAAGUGGUGUAGAGCAUUCCACAAGCUUGGACCUAACUGUGAAGAUGUCGAGAACAACUCCACUGAAUCUUUCAACAACUCCAUAGGUAAAACCCGAGACAAGCCCUUUGUGCCUAUGUUGGAGACAAUAGCUCGCUUGGCGAUGGUUCGUAUAGCGAAAAGGGAUGUUAUUUGCACCAGCCACGAAGGGAUUUGCACACCGUAUGUCACUGAGAUGCUCGAGACUUUGCAUGAGAAAGCCUCUUUAUGCACGGUUAUACCGUCUACCAACCAGACAUUUGGAGCUACUACUAAUGGCUGUCAACAUAGGGUGAGCUUGGAAAAUAGAACUUGUAGUUGCAGGAGAUGGGAGAUUACAGGGAUUCCUUGUGAACACGCCUAUGGAGUUAUGUUGUCGAAAGGUUUAGAGGCUCAAGACUAUGUUGUUCACUGGUUUCGGACAAGUACAUGGAGGCGUACAUAUGCUGAAAGGAUUGUGCCAUUGCGUGGAGCAAAGUUCUGGCCUGUAGGACCGGAACCAUCUAUAAUUGAACCUGAGAUCCCAGAUCAACCAGGCCGUAAGAAUGUGACUAAAACGGAUAAAAAGAGAAAGAGAGGAGUCAAUGAAUCACCAUCGAAGAAAAAAGAGAAGUUCUUGAAGCGGAUUAUGCACUGUGGGGUAUGUGUUGCUCCUAAUCAUAACUCCAGGUUCCAUAAGAAGAAUCCGAAAAAGCCUUUUGUGAGUGGUGAAUCUUCUCAGCCUGAAGCCUCUAAAGGUGUUUCUACUCAACCCACUCAACCCACUCAGCUUGAGAAGUGA